AUGGUGGGAAACAGAUUAGAAUUAGAUAAUUGGUCGAAAUUAGAAGCCGCUUUAAUACAAUGUUUCUCAGAUAGACGUGAUUUGGAUUGCUUAAUCCAAGAAUUGACGAGAACGCGACCGUUUAAAAACGAACAUCUCUUAAGUUUUGGCAGCAGAUUACAACUCUUAAAAAGUAACGUAAUUCAAAGAAUCAGUAACGAUACGUGCCUAGCGCCUCUAGAGAAAACGUGUCAGAUAAGCCACUAUGAUAAGACCGCGUUAAAUACAUUUAUUGCGGGCUGCAGCGGAACUUUAAGAAACAAUCUUUACAUUAAAAAACCGACAUCCUUAGAAGAUGCAAUGGCGUGCGUAAGUGAAUUUGAAAAUUUUGAAAUGCUCUAUGGCUGUUCUAACGAACAAAACAAAGUGUACAAAACACAAAAUUUCCAUCAAAAACCAGCACAACAAAACUUCCAAAAUCAAAAUAAUUUUUCUAACGCAACAAAUUUUCCACACCACAAUUCUAACUAUCAAAAUAAUAACAGACAACAAUAUAACAAUCAAAAUCAAUUUAAUCACCCAAAUCAAUACAAUCGAUUCAAUCAAAAUGUACCUAAUACAAAUUUUAACCAAAAACAACCUUGGCCUUGUCAACCAAUUAACAUUACUCCAAGAGAAAUGCCUCCAAGAAGAUAUCCAACAAAUACAGAAGUCUUUGGACCACCUGUAAAUGUAUUCAAGCCAAAGCCCAUUCCACCACACCAACAAUCAAAACCAGAGCCUAUGUCUACGACUUCGGCAAACCCAUCUUUUGCUUCGAAGAAAAGGGAUAGUCAAAUCCAAUCAUAUCAGAAUAGACAAUAUCCAAAUCUUCCUUAUAGAGUACCUUUCCAAUCAACUGGACGACCAGAUUUCACCUUCCAAGAAUUAUUUACUAAUGAUUACAACGAAGAUAUGAAUAAUUAUGCGUACCAAGACACAACAAAUACGCAUCCCUAUGAACAAAACUAUAAUUAUACCGAUUAUAAUAAUUAUGAUGAAUACGAAAACCAAUAUUCUGAAGAAUACCCUGUUCAUAGUUUGGAAGAAAAGAAUUUCAACAAGAAGCCGAAUACGAGAAAGCUGCUGAGGAACAAAAAUCCUGCACAAGAGGAAAUUUUCAGGACCCCACCCAGAAAGAAAGAAAAACAUGAUCGAAAUAAACAUCUCUUCUAG